AAGAAAUCCCAAGAUGACCAGUCAAGCCCAGAGGUCUGACGCCAUGGCCCACGGUUCGGUGACAUUUUCAGAUGUGGCCAUAGACUUCUCUCAGGAGGAGUGGGCCUGUCUGACCUCUGCCCAGAGGGACCUGUACUGGGAUGUCAUGUUGGAGAACUACAGCAACCUGGUCUCACUGAAUUUGGAAUCAUCCUAUGAGGCUAAGAGUUUAGCGAUACAGAAGAAUAUCUACAAAAUGAAUCUUCACAAAAGGAAUUCAGGUAGCAAAAGUAAGUCUCAUCCCCCGAACAGGAUGCGUGAAGGUGAGUCUGAAGUCCCACAGGGCUCUCAAGAGAGAAACCGCAGUCGAGUAAAAGUCAACUCGAGAAAGGCGCCUGCCAGCAGAGACCGCACCCCUCCGAGACCGCACGCACGGCCGCACAGCAAGGAGAGCUCCUACGAGUGUAAGGAGUGCGGCAAGGCCUUCAGCCGCGGCUACCAGCUCAGUCAGCACCAGAAGAUCCACACGGGCGAGAAGCCCUACGAGUGCAAGGAGUGUAAGAAGGCCUUCCGCUGGGGUAACCAGCUCACUCAGCACCAGAAGAUCCACACCGGGGAGAAGCCCUACGAGUGUAAGGACUGCGGCAAGGCCUUCCGCUGGGGCUCCAGCCUCGUCAUCCACAAGAGGAUCCACACUGGGGAGAAGCCCUACAAGUGCAAGGAUUGCGGCAAGGCCUUCAGGCGUGGCGAUGAGCUCACUCAGCACCAGCGGUUUCACACCGGGGAGAAAGACUACGAGUGCAAAGACUGUGGGAAGACCUUCAGCCGUCUGUACAAGCUCAUCCAGCACAAGAGGAUCCACAGCGGGGAGAAGCCCUACGAGUGCAAGGACUGCGGCAAGGCCUUCAUCUGCGGCUCCAGCCUCAUCCAGCAUAAGAGGAUCCACACUGGCGAGAAGCCCUACGAAUGCCAAGCAUGUGGGAAGGCCUUCACGCGGGUCAACUACCUCACUCAGCACCAGAAGAUCCACACUGGGGAGAAGCCUCACGAGUGCCGGGAAUGUGGGAAGGCCUUCCGCUGGGGCUCGAGUCUUGUGAAGCACGAGAGAAUCCACACAGGUGAGAAGCCCUACAAGUGCACAGAGUGCGGGAAGGCCUUCAACUGCGGCUACCACCUCACUCAGCAUGAGAGAAUCCAUACCGGUGAGACGCCUUACAAAUGUAAGGAGUGUGGGAAGGCCUUCAUUUAUGGGUCGAGCCUUGUCAAACACGAGCGAAUUCAUACAGGAGAGAAACCCUAUAAGUGUAAGGAGUGUGGGAAGGCCUUUAGUCACGGCCAUCAGCUCACACAGCAUCAGAAAACACAUAUUGCAAAGUCGUACACAUGUAAGGAUUGUGGAAAGGUAUUCAACCAUGCGAACCAUCUUAGAGAGCAUCAGAAGACACAUAACAGCUGA